UCGGUGGCGGGCGGGGCUGGGCGGGCGCGCAAUGGCGGCGGCCGGGGGUCCCAGCCGGUAACGGCAGAGCUCGUCCCGCCGCGCCGGGAAGCGUCGCCUCCUUCUCCCUCGUUGCUUUCUCCGACGCUUCCGCUUGCCGCCGCCGUCCCCUCUUCCCCGUUUUACCGGCGCCGCUUCUCCCCUCCCCUCCCCCCGGGCCGGCGGCCGUAACGGGGGCCCAAGGUCCCCCCCGGGGCCGGCCCGGGGCUGGGUCCGCCGGCGCGGGGGGGUGGGAAACUGGCGGAGCUGGGUCGGGUUGGAGGGGGGUCCGGUACCGGUGCCGGUGCCGGUACCGGGAUGAUGCGGACCCAGUGUUUACUGGGGCUCCGCACGUUCGUGGCUUUCGCCGCCAAACUUUGGAGUUUCCUCCUUUAUAUUCUACGGCGGCAGGUCCGCACCGUGAUCCAAUAUCAGACGGUGCGCUACGACGUCCUCCCGCUUUCCCCCGUCUCCCGGAACCGCCUCAACCAGGUGAAGCGGAAGAUUCUGGUGUUGGAUCUGGAUGAGACCCUGAUCCACUCGCACCAUGAUGGGGUGCUGCGCCCCACUGUGCGCCCCGGGACACCCCCAGAUUUCAUCCUCAAGGUGGUCAUCGACAAACACCCGGUCCGGUUUUUCGUACACAAACGCCCGCACGUGGAUUUUUUCUUGGAGGUGGUCAGCCAAUGGUACGAGCUGGUGGUGUUCACGGCCAGUAUGGAGAUCUACGGCUGCGCCGUGGCCGACAAACUGGACAACAACCGCAGCAUCCUCAACCGCCGCUACUACCGACAGCACUGCACACUGGAGCUGGGCAGUUACAUCAAGGACCUAUCGGUGGUACACAGCGACCUCUCGAGCAUCGUUAUCCUCGACAACUCGCCCGGCGCCUACCGCAGCCACCCAGAUAACGCCAUCCCUAUCAAGUCCUGGUUUAGCGAUCCCAGCGACACGGCUCUGCUCAACCUGCUGCCCAUGUUGGAUGCCUUGAGGUUCACAGCCGACGUCCGCUCCGUCCUGAGCCGUAACCUCCACCAGCACCGACUGUGGUGACACCACCGCGGGGACCCCCCCGGGACCCCCCCGAAAGCGAGGGACAAGCACCCAGGGGACCCCCCGGGACCCCCCCGAAAGCGAGGGACGGCGCCAUGGGGACUCCCCCCGACUUCACCCCCAAAUCAGGAAAGGACUCUGCCUUCCCCCCUCCCCAUCCGGGGUUGGGGGGGAGAUGUUGAACGGAGCCCCCCGUACCCCAAUUUCGGUGCUGGAGAAGGGGGAGGGGCAUGGGGGCUGCCCCACCCUCUGGACGGACAGACGGACAGACGGGCGCUGCUGGCCCCGCCCCCUUUG